AUGGAGCAGGGCAGCCUCCCGCCGUUGGCCCUCUACCCAGACCCAAACGUCAAAGCCAGCCUGCCGCCUGCCGAGUGGGAAGCAUGUCUUGACUCGUGGCUGUUCAGUCUGGAAUUCCGCCUGAGACUAUCAGACAAGGAUUUCUCCAGAUUCAGCGUCGGUCAGGACGCCAGUGGCGUCUCUUUUCUCGCGUCAUUUUUCCAGUCAAGUCGAGCCGAGGCUGCGACACAAUCAUCGAGCUUGCACAAGGAAAGACUGUUGCUGAAGCGCGCAUAUCUGCUCUUGAGAAGGCUCCUGCUGGUCAUAGACUCACCCCUCGACUAUGAUGCAGCAACUCUCAUUGAACUGCUGUGCCAGGCAAGCAUGCAGUAUGCGGGCGUGUCAGACUGGAAGGCAACGCUGAAGAUGUUCUGGAAGAGGGAUCAAUCCCAAAUGACGGCGGUGGUGGAGGGCUGGAAGAAGACGGUCUCGGCAGAUCUUUUGGCGCAACCCAACUCUGGAGUGCUUGCAGCUAGACUCCGUGAGAUGAAUGCUUUCGUUAAGGUCUCCGCGGACACGGGUCUCGUUCUUAUGACAGGCUCAGAUUAUCUGGAGACGCUGAUGGAGGCCUACAGCCGGUUGCAGACAUUGCCUGAUACUGCGUCGUCCCAAAGAAUACUGACUGAGCACAUCUUCUACUGCCUGCGCAGCCUUAUGUCUGACGGUUCUUCCCACGGAUCGCUCCUGCUCGACCACCUUUAUUUCAUGAAGUCAGAAGCUGAUCGACUCACGAAGGCAAGACCCAAUCAGCCAACAUUGUCUUCGAGCCUGGUGUGCAGUACAUCCUUCCUAAGGCACCUCGCAUCAGACUCUUCUGUGAUUUCCAGCAAGCGAGGUCAGGGGCUGCUAGAGUCUCUCAACACCUAUAGACAGAACACCAAACAUUUACAUCCCCCAGUCAGCCCGAGAAGACGAAGAAGCGCAAAAGGCAAAGGAAAGGCUGGUGUGAACGAAGAGAUGCACAUUCAUAAAGCCUCGCAGAUAUCACAGGUGCACGACCUCUUUCCAAACAUUUCAAACGGGUAUAUCCUCAAGCUGCUCGACCAUUUCCAUGAUGAUACAGAGGCCGUGGUGGCCGCGCUACUAGAGCCUGACUCUCUUCCGGUGGGACUUCGCAAUCGAGACGCCUUCGAAGAACCUGAGCUUGGCAUUGCUGGGCCAGCGCAUGAUCUUGCGCCACGUUCGACACCUCCAUUACUUCCACAGCGAAAGAACAUAUUCGAUGGAGACGAGCUGGACAAGCUUCAGAUAUCGACAGGUCGGCUGCAUAGAGGGCGGAAGGAUGUCAGAAUUGACCACCCCGAAACGGAACAUGACCAUAUACAGCGGAAAGCAGCAAUACUGUCGGCGUUGGCGGCGUUUGACUCGGACGACGACGAGCGAGACGACACUUACGACAUCGCUGACGUGGGUGGCACAGUAGAUUCGACCCUCGAUACUGACACCAGGCCGCAACCGGAAAGAGGUCCUGAGCAGAAUCCUCACGAAGAGGCAUUAUUCCGGGCGUGGAAAGGCAACCAGGAGCUAUUUGCACGCGACAUCAAGACUCGUAUAUCCAAGGUCCGGCAAGAUCUGAAACGCGAGACCGAAAUGAGUGAUGAACAGCUGGAGGGAUGGGCCAUCAUGCUGAAGAAGGACUCCAAGUUGCAAGAUCGCCUGGAAAAGAAAUACGCGGAUACACAGACUUUCAGAGGAAAUCAAGCUGCGCUCGCUCCGACACGAUGGCAGGAGGACUACACUCCUGAGGGUAGCGAGGGAGAAGGGGAGAGCGGAAGUCGACGGGUACAUCAGGCACAGACCAGGGGGAACCGCACAUGGGGACGCGGUCGCAGUGGCGGAGGGAGUACUGCAGGUCCCAGUGGGGAUGCAGCGACUCAGGCUGCCAGAAAGCGAAAGGAGCAAGGCAGGGGCAGGGGUGGAGCGAGCCACAAUAGACGCGAAGGGAGGGCCCGGAAGAUGGGCAAAGGUAUGGGCGGAGGUGCGGUGCAGCAGUAG